AUGGCAGCCCCAAACACACACAUUCGCGGUUCAGUAAAGGAUAUACUGCUGGCAUCUAUCUUGUCGUCGGUGCCUCUAGUAGUACUGUCCGCCAUUUUGCUCGGGCUCGUCUUUAGAAACCGGGUAUAUCCCAGUAGCCCUCUUUCUGACAUUCAAGGAGCUGCAGCCUCCGAGAACGAUGACAGUGUCAUCUAUGUCAACCUGAGUGCUACGACAUUGACUGCGCUGGCCUCGUGGUCCAGCACAAUCGCUCCCCUCACCUUGACGUACAUUCUAUCCUUGGCGUCGUUUCCGGCUGCCCGGGAAAUGAUUCGGGCCGCGGUCAAUACCCUCAGGUCUGGGUCCGGAACUCUGACCCCGUACCAGUUGUCAUUGAUGCUCCGGAUGAUUUGCAGUUCGUACUUGAACUCUGUGUGGUAUUGCAUUUCCUACAUUGCAAAGUGGCGAAAGAGAGCACCGAUUGCGAGGUCUGUCGUCGUCAUGAUAUGGAUCUUGAUGUUGAGUUCACUGCUCAGCGCGCUAGUCUUUGCCACAGAUUCAUGGCUCCAUUUCACAACCAAGAGCGUAACUCUCACUCAGUUCGAGCCAGUGUCAUUCGAUGAUGCUAGCUUUGGACUACAUCAGAACUGCACAAAUUUAACAGAGAGCUUUACUGCCCAGUGCGACCUGAACCCGGCCGGGUCGACAACAUUCCUAUGGAAUGCUGAGGAGUCGCUAAAUCUUCUGGCAAAUAUCUCGACGAGGGGCAUGGUGCAACCCGUAUCGGACGAUGCUGGUAAUCAGUAUGCGUACAUUGGCCUUCCGGUAAGCCUCUCGAAGAGCAGCGUGGAUUACGUGGCCACAUCGCUGGCAGUCCAAACUAAAUGCGCACCUAUUACUACACGCUGUUUCAAUGCGACCAGCACCAUAUCAGGUCCUUCUGCGAAGUACAGUUGCGAUUUUGCCAUGCAAGGAACUAUCAGCACAACUUUCAUCAAUUCCAUGAACAUGGGAUAUUUCACAAAUUCGACCUUGUCGGAUACCAUCCCGGAAAAAACUCCAAUGUCCAACCCUUAUUACUUUGCUGCCGUGGUGAGCGCAAAUCAGAACGUGGGACUGAAUCAAGACCUGAUCCACGAUCCCGAGAUUAAGAGCGGCGAACACGGUUCUGUGCUCUUUGUCGUAUUGUGCAAUGCUACUGUAUUUGAUAUGGUAUACACUUCCGCCAACAGCACGGUCACACAAGUCUCUGUGCUGGAGAGUAACUCGUCCACCACCAGCGUCGUCAUGGGAACACAAGCAUACACACACGUUGGGGAUACGUACAUCCUCCAGCGUACCAGUCUCGAUGUUUGGCAGAGCCACAGUGCACAGGAGAUAGCCAGCAAGUUCGCUCAUACGUACAGCGAGAUAGCGCUGGCGGCUUCUGGUGCUGCCCUCGAGCCGGGGCCUGCCGUGGAAGCCCAGUUACGGUCUUCAAUGAUCGUGGCCAAGGUGCCAAAGGCGCCUUUGGGUUGCCUGGUGGCUGCCAACUUGCUGUUAGCAGUUCUGGGUAUUCUCCUUACCGUUAUCGCCCUUUUAGUUCUGAAUAAUGAUGUGGGGGACGUGAAAGCAAGGCUGGGUAUCCCUGCCUUGGUAGCGACACAUUUUGAGACCAACGGGGGAGAUGAGCCGGUGAAGAACAUUGAAGAUAUGUUUGAGGAGUUUGAUGGUCGAGCUGGGCCGCGAGUUGUGGCGGCAAAAACGGCGCUGGGCUGCUGGAGGUUGGAGAGACGGUGA